UAAAGCCUAGGGACUAUUUUCCUAUCAGUGUACAUGUGGACAUUGUCAGGAAGGUUCACCGCUCAUUGAUUACAGGUGAGGAGGGCAAUAUACCAGGAAAUUAAGCCAUGCGUGACAUACAGGAUAUGGACCACGUCGAGAAUGGAGGAGUGACGGACAAAGUUACAGAACAAUCCGGUGAAGAACCACGUGACCUUUUAUACGCGGUGAAUGAAGUGCCGCCGUGGUACCUGUGUAUCAUCCUCGGAUUCCAGCAUUAUCUAACAGCCUUUGGUUCCACUAUAUCGGUGCCGCUGAUUCUGUAUAAAACAUUUUGUGUGGCGGAGGACAAAGUCGGACUUGGGGAGCUCAUCAAUACAAUUUUUUUCGUGUCCGGACUCUGUACUCUCCUACAGACCACAUUCGGAGUCAGACUGCCGAUCAUACAGGGCGCAACCUUCGCUUUUCUGGUCCCCACCCAGUCCAUCCUGGCACUACCGCAGUGGUCCUGUCCCUACACAGAGGCAGAGAAAGGUCUGAGAAAUUUGACUGAUCUCCCAGAUUAUGGCAGUCCCGGACACAGAGAGAUAUGGCACUCUCGUCUAAGGGAGAUCCAGGGAGCCAUUAUGAUUGCCUCGUUGUUCCAGGUAAUUAUCGGCUUCAGUGGCGCUGUAGGUGUCGUGCUACGCGUGAUUGGUCCCCUAGCGGUCACUCCAACAGUCACGUUGAUAGGUCUCGCGCUAUUCCCGGAUGCUGCAAAUCUAGCUUCACAGCAGUGGUACAUCGCCAUAAUGACUAUGUUUUUGAUAGCAUUGUUUUCUCAGUAUCUGCGUAACAUCACCAUACCUGUUUGUCAAUACCGGAAGGGGAAAGGAUGUGGUGUUUACAAACUACCGAUCUUCAAACUUAUCCCGGUAUUACUGGCGAUGGUGGUAGCUUGGGGAAUCUGUGCAAUUCUGACGGCGGCCGAAGUCUUCCCGUCUGAGAGUUCUGGCUGGGGCUACAAAAGUCGUACUGAUACCAAGAUGAGUGUUAUCGCAGAUGCUAAGUGGUUCCGAUUCCCUUACCCAGGUCAGUGGGGAAUCCCUACCGUAAGUUUUGCCGGAGUGUUCGGGAUGUUAGCAGGUGUCCUGGCGUCCAUGAUGGAGUCUGUUGGUGAUUACUACGCAUGUGCACGAUUAGCCGGAGCACCGCCCCCACCAGUGCACGCUGUUAAUAGGGGUAUCGGUGUGGAAGGAAUUGGUUGUAUUCUGGCAGGUGCGUGGGGAUCUGGGAAUGGGACGACGUCAUACAGUGAGAAUGUCGGGGCGAUCGGUAUCACUAAGGUGGGCAGUCUACGUGUAGUGCAGGCAGGGGGGAUUAUCAUGAUUUUUCUCAGCUGCUUCGGAAAGUUUGGCGCCUUGUUCGUCACCAUACCAGACCCAGUUAUAGGUGGUGUGUUCAUGAUCGUAUUUGGUAUGAUAACAGCCGUAGGACUUUCCAACCUCCAGUAUGUAGACAUGAGUUCCUCACGAAACAUUUUCAUAUUGGGCGUGUCCCUGUUUUUCGGACUGGCCUUCCCGCUGUGGAUGAAAGCUAAUGGCACGGUCAUUAACACAGGAAGUGAUAUUGUGGAUCAGAUCAUCACAGUCCUUCUCAGCACCAGCAUGCUUGUGGGCGGAGUGGUCGGCUUUAUUUUAGAUAACACCAUACCUGGUACACCGGAAGAGCGAGGCCUGACCAAGUGGCGAAGUGUGGACUCGUCCACUUCCGGUACCACCACUGAUAUAUCAGUUUACGAUAUACCGUUGAUUCAGCCCUUCCUGGAUAAAAUGUUUUGGCCGAAAUACGUCCCGUUCUGUCCCAGGUUUGAAUCGUCAGUUUGUUCCUGUCGUCGCCACAAGAACAAUCAAGAUCAAACACAGAACCAUACUCAUCAAACAGAGGACAGCGGACUCAAAAUGGAAAGCAACGUCGCUUUUGAAAGCGAUGACACUCGGCUGUGAUAGUUGUUUACGAAGGACGACGUUAGUUACAAACCUCCCGGAGAUGAUCUACUCAUUUUGAAGAACAGCUGUUAACAAACAUGGCGUUACAAGCGUCCACCUGAAACAGUUUGCUGAUCACACCGUAGUAAUAGUUGUUUUCAAAAGGUGUUGUUACAAAAAUGUCCGUCUUAAUGUUUGUGUGGUCAAAAUAUGCCACAGCUGUGACAAGCGUCCAGCUAAACGUUUAAGCGAUCACAAAGGUAUACCAAGUUGUAAACAUCUGUAAAUAGGACAGUCAUAAUUGUGUGUGUUAUAUCUAAUUUUUACAGGCUGCGCUAAUUACGAUAUUAUCAAAAGGGCGUACCCGAUUAAUGACUUUCUGAUGUGAUAUUUUAGGCGUUAUUUUAAAGUUUGAUAGAGUGAAUAAGAGCAGCUUUAUUUAAAAACAAAACCAAAUAACAAAACAGCACUAGAGCUCCGCGUCAUCCACAGCCACAUCAGUUGAGUGUGUUUAUACCUAUGUGUGGUAAUGUAUAUAUGGUUUCGGUACGACAGUGCUUACCUUUGAUUAAUACUCAUCUUUCUUCAGAACGUGUGUUAUUUUAUAUGUACUUUGUAUAACACUGAUGUAAAGGAUGCUUGAUCUGGUGCAAGAUUUGUUUAUAACCUGUCAGGUAAAUAGCUAAAACAUGUAAAUAGCUAAAACGUGUAAGGUAAAUAGCUAAAACUUGUAAAUAGUUAAAACCUGUCAGGUAAAUAGCUAAAAAAUGUCAGGUAAAUAGCUAAAACCUGUAAAUAGCUAAAACAUGUCAGGUAAAUAGCUAAAACAUGUCAGGUAAAUAGCUAAAACAUGUAAAUAGCUAAAACCUGUCAGGUAAAUAGCUAAAACCCGUCAGGUAAAUAGCUAAAACCUGUCAGGAAAAUAGCUAAAACAUGUCAGGUAAAUAGCGAAAACCUGUCAGGUAAAUAGCUAAAACAUGUAAAUAGCUAAAACAUGUCAGGUAAAUAGCUAAAACCUGUCAGGUAAACAGUUAAAACAUGUAAAUAGCUAAAACAUGUCAGAUAAAUAGCUAAAACAUGUCAGAUAAAUAGCUAAAACAUGUCAGCUAAAUAGCUAAAACAUGUCAGGUAAACAGCGAAAACCUGUCAGGUAAACAGUUAAAACAUGUAAAUAGCUAAAACAUGUCAGAUAAAUAGCUAAUACCUGUCAGGUAAAUAGCUAAAACCUGUCAGGUAAACAGUUAAAACAUGUAAAUAGCUAAAACAUGUCAGGAAAAUAGCUAAAACCUGUCAGAUAAAUAGCUAAAACAUGUCAGCUAAAUAGCUAAAACAUGUCAGGUAAACAGCGAAAACCUGUCAGGUAAAUAGCAAAUACUGUCAGGUAAAUAGCUAAAACCUGUCAGGAAAAUAGUUAAAACCUGUCAGGUAAAUAGUUAAAACCUGUCAGGUAAAUAGCUAAAACAUGUAAAUAGCUAAAACCUGUCAGGUAAAUAGCUAAAACAUGUAAAUAGCUAAAACAUGUCAGGUAAAUAGCGAUAACCUGUCAGGAAAAUAGUUAAAACCUGUCAGGUAAAUAGUUAAAACAUGUAAAUAGCUAAAACAUGUCAGGUAAAUAGCGAUAACCUGUCAGGUAAAUAGCUAAAACAUGUCAGGUAAAUAGUUAAAACAUGUCAGGUAAACAGCGAAAACCUGUCAGGUAAAUAGCUAAACCUGUAAAUAGCGAAAACAUGUCAGGUAAAUAGCAAAUACUGUCAGGUAAAUAGCUAAAACCUGUCAGGUAAAUAGUUAAAACAUGUAAAUAGCUAAAACCUGUCAGGAAAAUAGCUAAAACCUGUCAGAUAAAUAGCUAAAACAUGUCAGCUAAAUAGCGAUAACCUGUCAGGUAAAUAGCUAAAACAUGUCAGGUAAAUAGCUAAAACAUGUAAAUAGCUAAAACAUGUCAGGUAAAUAGCGAUAACCUGUCAGUUAAAUAGCUAAAACAUGUCAGGUAAAUAGCUAUAACCUGUCAGGUAAAUAGCUAAAACCUGUCAGGUAAAUAGCUAAAACAUGUAAAUAGCUAAAACAUGUCAGGUAAAUAGCGAUAACCUGUCAGUUAAAUAGCUAAAACAUGUCAGGUAAAUAGCUAAAACAUGUCAGGAAAAUAGUUAAAACCUAUCAGGUAAAUAGCUAAAACAUGUAAAUAGCUAAAACCUGUCAGGUAAAUAGCGAAAACCUGUCAGGAAAAUAGUUAAAACAUGUAAAUAGCUAAAACCUGUCAGGAAAAUAGCUAAAACAUGUCAGGUAAAUAGCUAAAACCUGUCAGGUAAACAGCGAAAACCUUUCAGGUAAAUAGCUAAUACCUGUCAGGUAAAUAGCUAAAACAUGUAAAUAGCUAAAACAUGUAAAUAGCUAAAACAUGUCAGGUAAAUAGCUAAUACCUGUCAGGUAAAUAGCUAAAACAUGUCAGGUAAAUAGCUAAAACCUGUCAGGUAAACAGGUUCUAUAUGAGUGGGAAAAGUUUUACGACUAAGAUUUUACAUCUGUGUAGUAACAAAUUUCGCUUGGUUUACGUUAAGUUUGACCAGUCAUUGAAAUAGCGACAUUGUAGUCCGACUCAUAAUAACCUAUUGUCUUUAUUUAGUUAACUAAAAAGUCUUAUAUCUUUUUCACAAGACGUUUGCAUUUUUAAAUUCUUAAAAAAUUAUUAUUAUUAUCAUUUUGUGAUUAACACGUAAAAGAGGGGAAAGUGGUAUUAUUACAAAUUUAACUAACAUUCGGUGUUCAAGUCAACUACGUAUGAAUUUAUAAUAUUUCCUAGAAUUGACCUCUGACGUGACCUCUUAGGCAGUGUCGUUAAAUGUUCAAAAGUAGCUAAUAUGAACAUCAAAUUUUAAUUACAUUGCCUUAUUACUAAAGACAUGCUAUUAGCAAUUACCAUAUAAUAUAUACAGAAGAAUGGGUGUUAUAUGGAUCUUCCGGUUUUAUCUAAAUAUCCUUCCUGAGAUCUUAAAAGAUUCAUCCAAAUUAUGCAUAUAGCGUGAUAUUUUUUCUUGAAUAAAGUGACGAAAAGAACAUUAGUGAAUAUCUGAAAACUGUGUAUUGAAAUUGUCGUACUUGUAUAUCAUUACAAAAGACGAGAUUCUUCAAGUGAUCUUAUUUUUUUUUUCCAAGCUAUCAUUAUGAGAAAGAUAAUGACAGUAGAUUAUGGUGUAAUAUUACAUUGUAGAUAUGAAACCUGUCCUUAGGACACCGGCAAAGUGUAUUUCUUCAAUAAAUAGAUUACAUUUUGAUAAGGUGAUAAAAAGAUAUUAAAUUCUCCCUCAACAAUAACAUUGAGACUCGUGUUCAGGGUUUUAGUACUUUUGUGGCUUAAAUCUUAUAGCCCUUAUCAUUCUAUCAACGGUUUAUUGUCAGUAUGACGUCACGGUUUGUUUGAACAUUGGCUCAAUAAAACCUGUGUGAAAUAAGCGACCCGGGACUGAAUUGACAUGCAACUUGACGGAUUCAGUUCGUGCGACUUCGAUCCAAAGCAUCUCUUGGUGAAGUGAACUCUGAUUUGUAUAAACAGCGGGUCUAGUAUCUCUAUGGACAUAGGACUUGACCCAGUAAGCAAUCUCGGAAUAAUUUGGGUUUAGAUGUAAUAUUUUACUGAUUAUGUACAAAACUCUCUUACGUCACUUACUUCCAUGACAAACAAACUGUCCGUCAGCUAUGACGCCUUAAUGGUUACCUCGGACAGACGUCGUGGUAAAUCUUCACUCAAAUACAACGGGAAUCUAUUAAAAAGGUUUACUUCAA